GGAGAAGAGAAGACGCGACGCCCCGAAGCCUCAAAAAAAUGACCGUUUCCGCCGCAGUGGACCAGUACACGGUGCUAACGGGUGACCGCUCCAAGAUCAAGGAUCUCCUGUGCAGCCGGCUAACCGAAUGCGGUUGGCGGGAUGAAGUGCGUCUGAUGUGCCGCUCCAUUCUGCUGGAGAAGGGUUCGAAUAACAGCUUCACCGUGGAGCAGCUCAUCACCGAGGUGACGCCCAAGGCACGCACCCUCGUUCCCGAUGCCGUCAAGAAGGAGCUGCUCAUGAAGAUCCGCACCAUUCUCACCGAAAACGAGGAGGAGGAGGCCGAGGAGCCGGAGGAGGAGUCCUAAAAUCCACCACAUCCCUGAUUUCCACUAACUUGCUAACCACUACAGUAAUUACUCUCGUUUAUUUGUACGGUUUUAUACAUAAAUCCCAUAAAUCCAGGGAGCAUUAUCCAUCGA